UCUGAUGUCUUGAUCCGUUCUUCAGUUCACUUUCAGCAAAUUUACGUGGAUAUUCCCGGACUGUCUCAUCAUAUUUACAAUCCGGAAGACGUUCACAGAAUAGAGUGAUGGAACAGUUGCCUUAUUGGCUGCUUUUGCUUUCAACCUGGGUUCUCGUAGUGUUUUUCCAGUGCGCCAACUGUUACCCAUCAGAAUGUGUUCUUCCUUUUCCGCGCAGUUAUGUUGUGUACCAUUUGGACGAGCAGGAAUCGAUUGAUGUUGAUGGAAAGCUGGACGACAAAGCAUGGACUCGUGUUUCUUGGACAGAGGAUUUUAUAGAUAUUCAGGGAUCAGAUUGGAAAAAGCCCCGCUUUAGAACUCAUGCUAAAAUGCGAUGGGAUGACAAAUACUUGUAUGUUGGAGCCUUUCUUCAGGAGACGGAUGUGUGGGCAAACCAAACAAAGCAUGACUCAGUGGGUAAAUGUCAGUCAUACCAUAUCAUUUAUGUCAGAAACUAUGUCCAACAACCAGAGCUUACCCCAGUUUCUUCUGCUGAUUUAAUUGGGUUGUUUCCAUUCUUUACACUUAUUGUUCAAGACAAGUACUGGACCGUAGAGCUGGCUCUUCCAUUCCACAAUCUUGUUGAUCACAGUCCCACAGCGUCAGCGCCACCAAGGAACAAGGAUCAAUGGAGGAUAAACUUUAGCAGGGUUGAGUGGCGUGUUAGGAAUGUCCAUGGGCAUUAUGAAAAGGUUCCAAAUGUACCUGAAGACAAUUGGGUGUGGUCCUCACAAAGUGCCAUUAACAUGCACCUUCCAGAAAGAUGGGGAUUCAUUCAGUUCAGCACAGAUGCAAUAAAUAAGACAGAGUUUGUUCCUACACCCAACUGGCCUGUGUACUCAGGGCUGGUAAUGCUUUAUGAUGCUGAAAAGAAAUUCAUGGCAGUGAAUGGUUAUUUCACGGCAAACCUGACUCAGCUUGAAAUACCUUCUGCCUUGAGAACUGGUCAGUGUGAUUAUGAGCCUGCAGUGCAAGUUGAGAAGACUUACAAUUUCGAGGCAACAGUCAAACCGAAUGAUCAGCGGCUUCCCGUUGGACAUAUACGAGAUGACCGCCUUAUUUGGUUCUCUGAUAAAAACCGCUAUCUUGAAAUUUAGCCAAAAAGAAAUUAUCGUGUUAUUUUGUUAGAAGCUUUUAAAUUAUUUUUAUAGUAAGUAUAUGACCGUAUAUGAAUGCUCUAGGCCGGGCGGAGUCUGAAUCAUCUGCCUUGCAGAAUCAACGGAAUUCAUUGCGACGUCAAUUUCGGCUAAAUUAAAGGGAAAAAGUAGAUUUAUUGCGCGCAUCGGCGAGCAAUUCAAAGCACUAUAUAGCUUAGUAUUACUGGAUGCGGCGUGGGGCCUGUAACGCCAGGCCAUAGGUUUUAGGUUAUUACAUGUAAUUUUACAAGUGGGUUUUGAGUGUAAAACACUCCAUUUCGACUAUUUCGAAUUCCUUUUUUUCGGCUAACGCAUAACUUCACGCUCGUUAACGCGGCUGAAACUGUUAAUGUCAUCUCUGGCUCUACGUAUAGUUCAGCGCGGAGUAGUGACUUUACCUUCCUCGGUUUUACUAGACUUCUAGUUAGAUAAUUCUAAUAUUGCCCCGGAACUCUUUUUUUACUCGCCUACAAGACCGCUUUAGAUCCUGACUAUCCGCUGUUUCCAAUUUUCUCAUAGCUAUAUAUCAUCCACUUGGUGCGAUGAAAAAAAGAAGAUUAAAAAGUAUCACAAGAGGCAAAACGCAACUGGAGUUGCAAUCGACUGAUAACUUACAGUGAGAUACUAAACCACGUACCAGCACUCUAAAUAUUACAUCACAAAUAAUAGUUAAUCAUAAUUGCUUUACUGAUAUUAGAAAACAAACUACUGUGUGGAGGUACGUAAGAUCAAAGCAAGGUAACAUUGGAGUGAUAAUCUAUUCCUGGUUCAGUCAAACUGCAAACUAUCAGGGAUGAAGAAGUACGUUAUUUUAAAAAUAGCGAUGACUUAAAUGAUACAAAAGUAAAUUUGUUAAAUGUUAAUAGGCCGGUUUAUUGAAUAACGAGGUUUUAAUUGCCAGGACUCUCAAGUGAAUGUAACACGAUUUUAAGACUUCUUAGACCAAGGAGUCCUUUCCUUAAUAUAGUGACCGUGUGAAGAGGCUAUAUUACACCGACUUUCCUUUGGUGG